AUGGUGCAUGUUUGGCGCCGCUGGCACCGACAAUGGCAUGGCUCCGUGUUGGCAGCGCUGCGUUCGUCUCGCUCUCGGGUCGACGUGUUGGCGGACAGGAAACAGCCUGCUCUCAGUCGCGUCUAUGGCUGGAUCAUCGACCGCAAGCGCCGGAGGGAGGCUUGUCACACGCAGCGCAUCGCUCUCCCAUAUGUUCCCGUGCUGAGUGUGGGGAAUGUCACUUUUGGAGCUACAGGGAAGACGCCGUUUGUACAGUUCUUGAUCGACUACGUGCUAAAGCAGGCAAAGGAAGGUCAGGUGCCGUUGCUGUUAAGUCGCGGAUACGGCGACGAUGAGUGGCGGAUGCUGGCCAAGCAGUUCCCUUCCUGCCAAAUGGCAUUGGGAGCUGAUCGUGUGGCGGUUGGAGCAGCUAAAGUCAAGCGUUUAGGAGGAGAAUCUGCGCCAUUGAGUUGCGUAGUAGUGGACGAUGGAUUGCAGCAGUGGAGGCUUUCAAAGGACCUAGAGAUCGUCAUGGUGGACGCUUUGCAUCCGCUGGGUAACGGCCUGUUACUUCCGUUUGGGAGUCUGCGAGAGCUUCCACGCGAGGCAUUGGCACGAGCAGACGUAGUGGUUGUACAUCACGCAGAUCUGCUCGAUGGAGAAGAGCUGAAAAUGCUCAUGAACAGCUUACAGACUCUGUUGGCUCCUCAAAGGCAUUCGAUUGUUGCUACGUCACGAAUGAAAGUGGCACUACUUUCGGCCAAUAACUCAAUAUUGGUCGUGUGCGGUGUUGGCAAUCCCGAAUCGGUCAUGAAAGUGGUGGAGAAGCUGGCUCAUUGGGCUCGAGUGGAGCUGAAAGCGUUUCCCGACCACCAUGCGUUCACUUUGGGGGAUGUCGACGAUAUUUUAGAGUGGGUGCGGGAGUUGCAGCAGAACGAAAAAAUUGUAGUGGUGACUACCGAGAAAGACAUCUUUCGAUCACCUAGGGCUAUGAGGAUUCUCGCAGAUAACGUGGAACUGCGAGUGCUUCGAUGCGAGCUGGAACUACAGCACAACAGGGAUAAAGUGAAGGAGCGUAUUAACGCACUCUUGAAUUUGGGGUAA